AUGGUCAAGAAAGCUACCAGCCCCGCCUACGUCCUAGGCGUGGGAAUGACCAAGUUCAUCAAACCUCGCGGCAAGGUCGACUACAAUGAGCUAGGCUACGAGGCCGGUAUCAAGGCCAUGCUCGAUGCUCAAAUCACCUACGACGACGUCGACCAAGGUGUCGCCUGCUACGUCUACGGCGACAGCACCUGCGGCCAGCGCGUCUUCUACCAGUUCGGUCUCACCCAGAUCCCCAUCUACAAUGUCAACAACAACUGCUCCACCGGCUCGACUGGCCUGGCCAUGGCCCGCACCAUGGUCUCCCACGGUGCCGCCGACUGUGUGCUCGUCGUGGGCUUCGAGAAGAUGAACCCCGGUAGCUUGCAGUCCAUGUACAAUGACCGCACCAACCCGACCGGUCUGUUCGGUACGAUGAUGGCCGAGACUCGUGGUGUCACCAAUGCCCCCGGCGCCGCCCAGAUGUUCGGCAAUGCUGGCGUUGAAUACAAGGAGAAGUACGGCGCAACAAACGAAGACUUCGCGGAAAUUGCCCGGAUCAACCACGAACAUUCCAAGCGCAACCCCUACUCCCAGUUCCAACAAGAAUACACCCUGGACCAAGUCCUCAAAUCCCCCAUGAUCCACGAACCCCUCACAAAGCUUCAAUGCUGCCCAACCUCCGACGGCGGCGCCGCAGCCGUAAUCGUCUCCCAAGAAUUCCUUGACGCCCGCCCACACCUCAAGGAAAACGCCAUCUUAAUCGCCGGCCAAACCCUCGCCUCCGACACAGACCAAGUCUACAAUCAGAGCUCCAUUGACCUGAUGGGUUUCGGCAUGUCCCGCUACGCAGCCCGCACGGCCAUCGCCGAAGCAGGCGUCAACGUCAAGGACAUCAAGGUCUGCGAGCUGCAUGACUGUUUCUCCGCCAACGAGAUGAUUACCAUCGAUGCGCUUGAACUCUCCGAGCCGGGCAAGGCUCACGAGAUGGUCCGCAAGGGCGAUAUCACUUACGGAGGUAAAAUGGUCAUUAACCCCUCCGGCGGCCUCAUUUCCAAGGGUCACCCACUCGGCGCGACAGGUAUUGCUCAGUGCGCCGAGUUGGUCUGGCAUUUGCGUGGUUGGGCGAAUAAUCGUCUGAUCGACGGUACUGAUGCGGCUCUGCAACAUAAUCUCGGUCUGGGCGGUGCGGUCGUCGUGACUGUUUACAAGCGUGCUGAUGGUAAGGUCGCUGCGGCUGUUCCUUCGGAUGUUGUGGGUAAGUUUAAUAAGCUGGGUUAUAACCCUGCUGUUGAGGCUCGUGGGUUCACUGCUGCGCAGGCCAAGUCUGUGGUUAGCCAGAAGCAUAGCAGUGAGUACGCUGUUUCUGAUGCGCAGGAGCGGGUCCUGGCUCGUUUCUGA